UGGCUAAACUCUACCGAACUUAUACUCGCCGAAGCUUAGCAAAAGCAUGAUGCAUGUGGUGAUACGUCCGUUUAUCAGAUCUUGGAGGCGAGAAAUAAUGAAGAAGUUGCAUUGCGAAAUGAGGAUCGCCAACCGUUGUAGAAAUUCGCAACCUGCACGCUCCAUUGCGCUCGUAUCUGCUCAUGCGACGAAUUAUCGUGAACAAAAGGACAAAGGUCAGUCGGAAGUUAUGACGAGGAUACAAUACUCUAUGGCGCGCAGAGACGAAAGCAUCGUCGAUGAUUACCAUGGCACCGAGAUAGCAGAUCCUUACAGAUGGCUGGAGGAUCCAGAUUCGGAAGAAACAAAAGCUUUCGUUGAAGCUCAGAACGCUAUUACAAAGCCAUAUUUAGCUUCAUGUAGUGUGCGUAAUAAUAUUCACAAGAGAUUAAAACAAUUAUGGGACUUCCCAAAAUACUCGUGCCCUGCCAAGUAUGGUGGGAAGUACUAUUUUUAUAAAAACACUGGCUUACAAAACCAGAGUGUUUUGUAUGUACAGGAUACUCUUGAGAGCGAACCAAGAGUGUUUCUUGAUCCUAAUACUUUCUCCGAAGAUGGGACUGUUGCCAUUACCAGUAGUAGUUUUAGUGAGGAUGGUAGCAUAUUUGCGUAUGGUUUAUCUAAAAGUGGUUCUGAUUGGAGCACAAUCCAUUUUUUAAAUGCGGAAACUGGUGAAAAGUAUCCUGAAAUUUUGGAAAAAGUAAAAUUCUCCCCGAUUACAUGGACCCACGACAACCGCGGCAUUUUUUACGGGCAGUAUCGAGAUCAACAAGGAAAAACGGAUGGCUCGGAAACGUUAGGUAAUCAAAAUCAAAAGUUAUGCUAUCACGUUGUUGGUACGUCGCAGUCGGAUGAUGUUGUUGCGGUUGAGUUUCCCGAGGAACCAUUAUGGAGGAUAGGUGCGCAAGUCUCUGAUUGUGGUAACUGGCUCAUUAUUACCCCUCUGAAGGACUGCAGGGAUAAUUUAGUGUUUUUUACACCGUUAAAAGCUGAAAUGAAGAUAACUACGAAUUUACCAUUAACACAAGUUGUCGAUGUACUCGAAGCUGACUAUGAAUAUGUGACUAACGUUGGUACCAAAGCUGUGUUCCGCACAAAUAAAAAUGCACCUAACUACAAGUUGAUAGCCAUAGAUUUGUUAGAUCACGGACAAGACAAGUGGGUAGAUCUUUUGCCGGAGCAUCCUGAGAACGUGCUAGACUGGGCCACUGCUGUGGACGGAGAUAAGUUUGUUGCUUGUUAUAUACAGGAUGUUAAGAAUAUCUUGCAACUGCAUUGCUUGAGUACCGGUAACGUACUUAGAACAUUCCCUCUCGAUCUUGGCACCGUUGUUGGAUUCUCAGGCGAGAAGAAGUAUUCCGAAAUAUUCUACCAGUUUACGUCGUUCUUGACACCCGGCAUCAUAUACACAAUUGAUUUGAAGAAGGAAGAAGAGCCACGAGUACUGCGAGAGAUUAAAGUGGAACACUUUGAUGCGAGUUUAUACAAGACUAGUCAGAUAUUUUAUCCGAGCAAGGAUGGUACAAAAAUUCCCAUGUUCAUAGUGACGAAAAGCGACGCUGUACUGGACGGAACCAUGCCAGCUUUACUUUACGGAUACGGUGGCUUCAAUGCAAGUAUUCAGCCUACGUUCAGUGUUACAAGACUCGUUUUUAUACAACAUUUAGAUGGGGUACUCGCUGUUGCCAAUGUUCGUGGAGGAGGGGAAUAUGGAGAAAAGUGGCACAACGCGGGUCGCUUCUUCAAUAGACAAAAUGUAUUCGACGAUUUUCAGUAUGCAGCCAAGUAUCUUAUUGAGAAUGGAUACACCAGUUCGGCGAAGUUAACGAUUCAAGGCGGCAGUAAUGGUGGUUUAGCUGUCGCCACUUGUAUAAAUCAACGACCUGAUUUGUUCGGCGCGGCCAUAGCUCAAGUGGGAGUCAUGGAUAUGCUGCGUUUCCACAAGUUCACCAUCGGUUCCGCCUGGGUCUCGGACUACGGAAGCGCGGAUGAUCCCAAGCAUUUCCAGAAUCUAUUGAAAUACUCACCGUUGCACAACGUCAAAGUACCACAGGACGAUAUACAGUACCCGGCGACGUUGCUUCUGACAGCCGACCACGAUGACCGUGUCGUCCCACUGCAUACUCUUAAAUUAAUAGCGACUCUUCAAUAUACUCUUGGAAACGUACCAAAACAAACCAAUCCUUUACUCGCAAGAAUAGAUACUAAGGCAGGCCACGGAAGCGGGAAACCAACCAUGAAAGUAAUUGAGGAGAGCACCGAUAUCUUAUCAUUUAUCGUGCAGUCCUUGGGCUUGGUAUUCAAAUCGUAAUUAAAGCUUGAAGCAGCAAUACGCGGAUCCAAUAUGUUGCGUAAGUAUUGCAGGAAUCAAAGAACCGUAAUGUGAUACACGUCACUAAAUUCUAUGUGGUUAUUGUGUGUAACGCAAAAAGCAUUGUCGCGGACUCAUCCAAUCGUGCUUCGAUCACAAAUUGUUUUAUAAUAAUGUGUUUCUAUUGCCAAAUAAAAACUAUGAAAUUUAUACUUCACACUAUA